UAGAUUAUCAACGUAAUUAUGAUUAAUAUGUCAGGCUCUAACCGAGGAAGAUAAUCGUGUUAUUUCUCUCGGUGGUUGCACAAGUUAAGUUUAAUUGUGGAAAGAAACCAUUAUCGUUGUUGUGUGACUCCUCAGCGCCACUCUUCAUAAGGAUAACCAGGAUGAAGGUUGUCUUCAUUAUCGCCGUUUUGGCGGCCACGGUUCUAGCCCACUCUAGAGACUUCUCCAUCAAGUUGAAACAUGACGGCCCUACUGUAGUUGGUGGCAGAAUCAACUUCAUUGCUAGAUUGUUCGAAAAGAAAGAUCCAGCAGUUGGAUCCUUUAGAUUCGAUUGGGAAGAUAACACGUUCGCUCAUCAUUCGGCAAGCCACGAAAGUGACUCCCCAGUAGACGUUUGGUCGGUAUCCUACUCCCAAGAGGAUACUCCCUUACCGGGAAAGUACGUCACAACGGUUACGAUACAUAAAAAAUACAAUGGAGACUACGUCGCCGUUGCGAGGCUACAAAUAAGAUUCGAAAUUAAAGCGUCCAAAGAAGAGAAGAAACCCCAUCCCAUAGUAUCGCAGUCGUGGAUGGACUACAAGCGCGAGAAAAUCCUUAACUCCCAGGCACGAGCCUUGGACAAUAUUAAGGAUCCACGAGUCAAAUCGAUAGUUUCCAACAGAAUUGAUUUGAUAAACGACAGAAUUCCGUUCAUGUCCACGUCAGACGAAGAACCGAAACAUGAAGAGAAACGAGAAGACACUCACUUUAAUGACGUCAUGAAUUACAAGCGUCAACGAAUCCUUGACUCCCAGCAAAGAGAGUUGGAUCAUAUUUGGAAUCCUAGUGUCAAGUCGCUCGUCUCCAAGAGAAUCAAUUACAUCAAUUCGCACAUUCCCUUCAUGCAAGAUUCAUUCGCAGAGCCAUUGGAAAAGCAUAACAAAAAAAUUGAUGAGCUGAAAGAGGCCGAGGACGCAGUGGUAAAUAGUAUACAAGAACCCACGGUUAAAGAAGCGGUGGUGGGUAGGAUCAAAGAAGAGAAUAAGAGAGUUCCCUAUUUAUCAAAUGCCGAUGACGUCGCCGCCAGGUUUUCCGACGCGCUGGACGCUGUGCACGACAGAAUUAAAGAAAUUAAAAAAUCCCAAAAGCUCGUAUUGCUCAAUAUUAAAGACGCCGAGAAAAGAGAGGAAGCUCUAAAGGAAAUUGAGGCGGAAAACAAGGCGUUGGAAUCUAAAGGCAAAGAACUCGACGCUCAGCUUACGGAGGCCUUAAACACCAUCCACCAGAGGAUGGCCGAGCUGAAAGACAUAGAGGCUGAAACCUUGACCGCUGUCGACGACCCGGUGUUGAAAGAGAAGGUUCGCGUGAAACUUGAUACCCAAAAUGAAAAGGUUCCCACUCUCCUGGACGAUGUCCUAGAAGCGCAGUAUCCUACUCCACUCGAGGAAUUGAGUGGCAAAAUUCAGGAACUGGAGGUGGCCGAGUGGGAGGCGAUAGCUAGUGUCGAUGAUCCUAUUCUCAGGGAAAUUAUACUGAACAAGCUCAACGAACACAACCAGGAAAUUCCCACGUUGCUCAAGUCAGCAGAUGCCAAGUCAAAGUUUACAAAGAAAGUAGAAGAUGCGCACGCGAAAAUUACUGCAGAGGUAAAGAAGGUAGACAAUCCACCGCUGUACAGCAUUAAGGACACCUCAGUUAGAGCUUCUGAUAAGGGCGAAAAAGCUAAAGCAGUAGAUGAUAGCUUGACUGCGUCUCUAACGGAAGUGCGAAACAAAAUUGCAGCUUUAAAAGAUUCCGAGAAAAAAAUCGUGGAUGAUACCUCAGCGUCCGAGAAGGAAGACGUGCUGGAUACGAUCGACGAACACAACAAGCGAAUCCCAUCGUUGCUGCUUCCGAAUGUGAUCGAAGCCAACUUUACCAAAGCUUUAGACAAGCUUAACGACAGAAUCGCCAACAUGACCAAGGUUGUCGAUCUUGCCACGGCAAAUAUAACCAACCCGUUUUUGUUAUCAAUGCUGCAGGCGAAAAUGGGUCUGGUCAAUUACAAGUUGGUAUCAAAAUACAACGAAAUCAAGGACAAUUUCACGUCGCUUUUAGACGAAAUGGCCACAGAAAGCGGAGACGAGCCAACUGAUGAACCAGCAAAAAAAGUUCCAAGGUUAUCCUUUGCUCCUGGCAUGUUCAUGCCUCAACUUCCCGAUUUUAUAGCGCAGAAAAUGGCGAUGAAAACGGUGCCUUUUGGUAUGCUGUCGCCGGCCGCAACAGACCCGACGAUGCAAAAUGCCCUUCUCGACCAAAUGGCGGCUAGGAACCAAAUGAUUCAAGCCAAGACAAAUAUGAUCGGCGCCAAUAUGGCCACAGCUAUGGCGCUAAUACGUGCAAAGAUUGCAGCUUUGCAGACGUUGGAGGAUUCCGCUGUAGAAGACAUAACGGAUCCUGUCGACAAGGAGAUAGUACAAGCCAGCAUCGACGAAGAAAAUAAAAAAGUGCCGCUUUUGCUACUACCGUACGGCAUCGAAUCAAACUUCACAACCGCUCUAAAUGACUUCCAGACUCGCAUAAACACCAUAAAAGAUAGCGUCGCCGGUAUCACGAGCAACAUUACAAUACCGGCAAUAAAAUCGAUCGUCUCCGCCAAAUUCGACUUCGUCAACCAAAUGCUAAUGAACAAAUACGCCCAACUCGACUCAAAUUUCACGGCGAUAAUAACGAAAAUUCAAGAACGUUUCGCCAACCUAACCGAUCCUCAACCGGAAACCGCGCCCAAAAAAGUACCGCUGCUGACCAAAGCGAUGGGCCCGAGUCCCACCUUCGACCUGACCCUAAUAUCCGACCUGAUCAAAAACCGAAUGGCGAGCAAGUCGGCGUUUGCGACCAACCCGAUGGCGGGCAUAAUGAAUCCCGCGGUUCAGACGCUGGUUACCGACAAGCUGAACGAGAGAAACAAAAAUAUGUCCCUGAUAGCCGACAAGAUCGCAGCCAAUUUUACGAAGAUAAUGGAGGCGAUCAAUAACAAGACGGACGAAUUGCAAGCGAUGGAGACGCUCACUUUGGAUAGUGUCGAUGAUCCGGUGCAGCAGGCGGAGGUUUUGGCGAAAAUCGAGGAAGAAAACAAGAAGAUUCCGUCGCUAAGUUUGAGUAAACGAAGUGUUAAGAAGAAGGAUGAUGCGGAGGUUGUUCCUGAGAAACCCAGUCAGUUUAAGUUAAGAUAUCCUUUUAUCAUCAGGUUCUAGUAGUGGCUAAGUUUUUUGGGUCAGUGUGUGGGGUAGUUGUUAAUAUUCUUGUAGGUAGGUACUCGUACUUUAUUGCCAUGUAAUUGUAAUAUUCAUGUUUCGUUACAGUAAAGGGUUGUACACAGUCAUAAAAUGUAA